AUGCCUUUGUCUCUAGAACGUAAAACAGUAGAAGCAACAAAUAUCAAAACAAAGUUUUUUUCCCCCCUACAUUCACUCCUGAGCAGCGUUUCUGAUCCGCUUGACAUCACUAACGAACUACCGCGUCUUUUCCUUCCUCUAGUAGUGGGACAAGGGGUUUCUAUGGGAGGCUCCGAGUUUUUGUCCCCGCUCUUUAGGGCGGAAUUUCCGUUUGAAGCCCAGUCGCCAAUCAGAGCCCGGAUUCCGUUGCGAGGCAACCGCUCCCCAGCCGCUGAGUGCAAAAGAAGUUUGCGUCUCCUUGGAGACACGAACCCUCGGCGUACGAAGCUGGCUUGCUCAGAGGCCGCCAUGAGUUCCCGGGAAGGCGAGCAAGGGGGCGGCGGGACCAUGGAGGCCACCGCAGGAGUUUGGGACGUCUCCGGAGUGCGCAUUACGCCCUCCGAGCUGCGGUUCAUGGACGCGGUGCCGGGACGUUGCUACCGAGCGCUGCUCAGCAUCCAAAACCUGCAGACACACAGCUGUUCGCUUCAUUUACUACCUCCGGGACUGUCUCAGUUCAAACUAAUUGUGGAAAAUCCAAAGAAACCUGUUGCUUCUGGUCUUCAUGUAACAGCCACUGUGGAAUAUCAUCCUAACAGUGAGGAAGACCUUCAUGAUAGGAUCCUCCUUCAUGUAGAGAAAGAAAUAAUUGAGAUUCCUCUGAUUGGAUUACGUCCAUGUUGUCGCUUAGAAAUUGAACCUGAGAUAAAUUUUGGAACAAUAAUUGCAAACAGUAAAAUAAUACACGCAGUAACCAAAAUUACAAACUAUGGAUCAUCCCCAGGUACAUUUGACAUAAAAUAUAGAGGAAGUGUUCCAAUUAUUAUAGCACCAAUCAGUGGCGUGAUAGAACCAAAAACAAUAAAGUUGAUUAAAAUGGAGAUAUGUACUGAUGUACCCAAAAUAAUUAACCAACCAGCCAUUGUGGAGUUGCAGGGAGGGCCCACUACUGAGAUAAGGAUCAAAGCCAAUAUUGUGGAACAAGUUCUUGAGGUUUUAGGUGCGCCUCACUCAAAUACUAUCCAGUGUGUUAAUUUUGGAUGUGUCUACUUUGGAACCUCCAAGAUGGAAGAAGUUAUUCUUCACAACAAAAGCCCAGAGCCUAUGGAUUGGGUGGCAGUCUUGCUGGACAAUGCUGUUGGUGGAGAGAUGGGCACAGAUAUUCAGAAGAGUUCAAAUGCUGCUUUAAAAGAUUACCCCGGUGAAAAACAAGGAACAGAUGUUUCCACUCUGAUUACAUGCAUUCCUAAUGAAGGAAUGCUACAACCUUAUCAGAAAACUGUGGUUUUUCUUUCUUUCAGUCCAAAGUAAGUGCUGAAAAUGGACAGGGACCUUGGCAGAACUCCAUCACGAAAAGAUUAUGUUGUCUUUCUGAAAUUUGAAGCUGUAGGAAGUAAAGAUGAUUUCUUACACUCAGUGUCUGGUGCUGAUAUACCCGCCCAAGGGAAUCCCCAUUGUGUUGAAUUGGGACUGAUAGGCUCAGGGCUUCCAGUCAUGUUGACAUUCAUCCCAGGACCAGUUGUCAAUUUCAGGGAGUGUUAUAUUGGUGAACAUGCAGAUCUUGUUUGCACACUCAAAAAUGAAUGUGAUGUACUUCCAGUGACAUUUGUUUUUCAUAAGAUUGCACAUUAUAAUAUUUGCCCUGAAAAGGGAAAAAUAAAAGCAAAGUCUGCAAAGGAUGUGAUAUUUUCAUUUAUGCCACGGCAUAUAGGAACCUUCACAGUGAGGCAGAAAGUAGAUAUCAUAGGACCAGUAGCAAAGAAAGAUGACUUUCCAGUUUUAGAGAUGAAACCAUUUCAUCAAAUACACUUAGUUUUUUCUGGCCUCUGCAAGUCGGUAUCCACUAAAGUUGUGCUGAAAAGCAACCCGGAAAUCCUGACCCAAGGUUUAACACCAUUGAUUUCCAAUGCCACGGGGAUAUUUAUAGCUAACAAGGGGGAUCAACAGAGUGAUGUUGCACCAGUAGCACUGCUUAAGUCAGAUAAGACACAAUUACAUGCUCACCGGAUUAAUAGGAAUUUAAGCAAUGCGCUAGUAGCUCUUCCCAACGAUCGUCCAGCCAGCAUAAGACCUGCUGAGUUGCAUAAGGAUUACAGGACUAUUUUCACAAAAGUUCCCAGAUAUUGUUACAUAGAUCCAGAGUUUUCUUACACAGUAUAUGAAGAACUGGAAAAGCAAAUGAAUAAAGACUAUUAUGCAGACUACAUUCACAAUUUAAGAAAACUUCGUUUAAAUAAAAAAGCUGCUCAGAUCUUCAAAAUGCUUAAUAAUCCUGUGGACAUAGGAUUAAACCCAGCAUCAGGGCUGAAAUCUCCUAGGUUCAGAAUUUUAAAUCAUGAUAACCUGGAGAAACAAGCUGCUUGUGUAAAUGGAAAUAGCCUGCUAACUAGUAAACAGCUAGCAGAGAUUGAAUCGAAGUCUAUACAAAAAGAGGUGAAUGGUGGACUUAAUCCUGAACCAUUGUCUCAGCAAGAAAUUGAAGACUGCAGUCUAAUUUUGACACCAAAACAGCUUCACCAAGUAGUCAUUGGUCCCUCCACUAUUGACUUUGGAGAAGUCUGUGUGCAUUCGACAUCUACCAGAAAAAUGCAUAUCAUAAAUAACCUACCUGUGCAUAUAUGGAUAAAAGUAGAAAUUAAAAGUGAAGAACUGCAACAGACUAGUCCUUUGUCGCAUGUCAUGACACCUUUUAUGAAAACUUGUAUUCCUGUGGUGUUUGAGAGUGACACAUUGGGAAACUUUAAAAAGUCUUUUAUAUAUUCAAUAAACCAGCACCAUGUUGGACAUAUUUUAGUGAUAGCAAAAAUUGUGCCUGUUGCCCUGGAGCUAUCUACAAGGGAAUUGAUUUUAAAUCCUGCUUUUAGCUUCCUAGCAAAAACUGGAUUUAGAACAACAGUCACUCUAUAUAAUCGAAAAAACUACUCUGCAGAAUUUACCUGGAAGCCUGUAGUCACAGAUAAAGGAAUAGGAUUUUCCAUCUGCCCAGAGAAAGGUAUAGUAGAAGCAAGUAAAGAGCUAGAGUGUGAAGUUGUUUGGCAUCCAAGUUUUUCCUCUUCAGCAACUGGAGAAUUUGACUUGUGUGUGUGUGAAGGAGAAACACUUAGACUAAAAUGUUUUGCAAAGCUUGGCUCAACCAGUGUUCAGUUUAAGGAGCAAAGGAUCACCUUUAAUCAUGCUCCUCUCCACUUAACCACCUACAGAACAGCUAUUCUUCAAAACUUGGGGCAUAACCAUGCGUAUUUCCAGGUCCUUGAUGUCAAUCCAAUUCCUGGAAUGAUUAUAACUCCUUUUCAGGGUGUAAUACCUGUGGGAGGCCGCACUGAAAUUAAAAUUUACUUCAGACCCAGUGCAUUAAUGAAAUUUGACAGCAGAGUAGAGGUAGCAAUACGCAAUGCAAAAUCUUUGGAACUUAGGAUUGGUGGAUCUGUAGAGGUUCCUGACAUACAUAUAAGUGUGAGCUCGUUUAACUUCCCUGGUGUUUAUGUUGAUUCUACUCAACAAAUUCCAUUUUCUAUUGAGAACAAAGGAAAGUCAUAUACUAAAGUGACAAUAGAUUUGUCUGAACAUGAUGGCUUUACUCUACGUUUUCAGCCAGAUAUGCAUAAUACAUCAGAGGCAUCUCGAGUAUAUAUUGCGACUUUAGAAGCCAAUACUGUUUUGGAAUGUUCUCUGAAUUUCACACCAAAAGAAAUGACAGAAAUAGCUCUACGUCUACCUGAUUUUAUUUUGCCAGUAAUAAUUCUCAAGGUGGCAGCAUAUGACUUUAAUCUUCCAAUAAAAAUUAAUGCUGAUGAAGCUCAAUGUUCAACGAAUGCUUCAAAAAAGUUAAGUCCUGCUAGUUCAGCAAAACAUAUGGUUGUUCCUCGGCCUCAGUCAUUGACUAUACCUACUCAAGUAUGCAAAGUUCAAGCAACUGGUUGGCCUGGAAUAUAUGCAGCUCAGAUACCUGUAUUUUUGAAUGAUGAGAUGCCUGUUUACAGAACAAUCACUUUAUCUGGAAUUGUGAAAUCACAUAAAAUCACCUUUGAACCCCAGCUUUUGAUACUGACUCCUGUUCCUCUCAAUGUUAAAACAGGAGCAGAUGUCUGUAUAAUUCCCCAGGAUUAUUUAAGGCCAUCAGUUUUACAAGUUGAAAUUCCAGAACUUGACUCUGGAAAUUAUGAUGGUAGUGAUGGUACCAGUGCUCAGCAGACUCAUCCCUUGACUGUGGACUUUCCGGAGGGCAAUAGGAUUGAAAUAACACCAGAAGGAAACAGUAUUGGAUUCACUUGCCGUGUCAAUUUCAUUUCUUCAAAGCCAUUGUCUUUUUUGAAGAAUUUAUUCUUUGUUGAUGGAGAAAGAAACAGAUUCUCACUUCAGGUGGCUGCCACAGCAGAGAAUUGUCUUCUUACAGUGUAUCCCUACUUGGCCUGCCACCUUACUGACCAACAAAUUGUCUUGGAAAGUGAUUCUAGUAAAAUAAUUUACAGCACUGGAGAUACUUUGCAGCAUCCGUGUUACAUUCCUGGAACAUGUUCACAAUCUUCUUCCAGUACUUUCGAUCCAGUUACCAACUCUGCUUAUGAAACUUCUGUUGCAGAACUGGAAAAAAUCCUUGAAAACGAAAAGAUAAAGAAGAGGGAGUCUGUCAGCCAAAGUGAAUGGGCUAGGAAGAAUACAUUUGAUGGAUUAGUUUUUCCUGCAGAAGACACAGCAGAAUAUGUCUUUUUCCAGAAAAUUAUAACGGCAGUUCAGAACUGGUUUACUCUUUUCGGUUGGUCUAAAGGACCAAAUCCAAUUUCAAUUCCAUAUUCUCUAAGACGUGAUAUUUGUAAAAUUCAAAUGACUUCAUCAGAUGAAAAACUUAAACUAAAUCUUAGCAAGGAUAUCAAGACAAUUUAUGACAUGUUGCUUCAUUUAAGUGGACAAUUAUUGCCUGGAAUUAGUUCAAGUCAAGCUUUGCCUUUUGAUCCCAUCCAGCGAGUGGUGCAACUUCACUGGCAACAUUCUACAAUGAUCACUUUUCUCAAGAGUCAAGGAGCAUCUCUUUCCCACAUUAUGCCUCAGUUUCUUCUUGACUUUGAAGAUUAUACAAUAUGGACCCAUUUACAGCUUAUGUUGACGAUUAAAAAAUCUGAUCAAGUUGACAGUUAUAUUUACAUUUUGGAUGACUCUAUCUUUGAGGCUAUGAGUAAGCGAGCCUGGACAGAUGUGCUACUUCAAAUAUACAAGCGAGUCUCUGUUCUUGACGACGUUAGUCAGACCAACACAGAAGAUGCACACCACCUUCCAGAAAUAAGCAUUGAUCCUUUGUCAAGUAAUAUAUAUUCUUCAUCUGAAAGAAUUCUUCUUAUUUGGAUGAACAGACAUUUUGAGAAGUCAAGAAAAAUUGUGUGGAAAAAUUGCAAGAAAGGGGACAUGCCUCCAACAAGAUGGAUAGUUAACUUCGAUAGAGAUCUCCUUGAUGGCCUUGUCCUUGCUGCACAAGUAGCAAGCUAUUGCCCCUAUUUGAUUUCAACUCACUUUGUGAAUAUGUACACUCAUCCAACAAGUUCUGAACAAUAUUUUCACAAUGCCUUGAUACUUGUAAAUGCUUUUCAUGCAAUAAAUCUUGACAUAGAUAUAGCGGCUGCUGACAUUUGUGAUCCAAAUCCAGUCAUGAUGCUUAUGCUUUGUGUCUAUUUAUACGAGCGGCUUCCUCAGUAUUUACCUAAGAAAACACUUGAGUUCACUGGCCAACUUCAUGCUACUAUUCUUAGAAAGAUACAGUUGAAAAACCCCAGCAUAAAGCCCUUGGUAUACAAUGCUACAAUUUUAGGAAGAGAAUCUUCUGCUUUUUCAUUACCUAAAGGAAACACUGUCACAAUUUCCCCAAAGAGCCAAGUAAAAGUAAAUGUGGAAUUCACUAGCUGUUUCCUGUAUCCUGCCGAAGCUGUGCUUUUGCUUGUUUCAAAAGCUUUGAGUGGAGUAGGAGGUGUUACAAUGGCUUUUUCUUUGAAGACAAAGAUUAACUACGUCAAACCUACUGGCAUAUUAAAAUGCAAAUCUUCAUGUUAUGAGUUGAAAAAAUAUAGUCUACAAGUUACUAGCCCUUUCAAAACUGAUGGGCCAUUCAGUGUCAUUUUAAUUGAAUCAACAAGUUGUAUCAUGGAUCCUGAGGCACUUGAUCACAUCAGCAAAAUAAGGGAAGGAAAAAUUAAAAGUUCUGAAGCAGAUAUCCCAGAGUGUUCACGUGAUAUGAUAGGUGUAUGUGGAUUUUAUAAUCAGGAAGAAAAAUCCAAUGCUGCUAAUGAGUCCAACUGCUUGCAAGAGUUCUUUAGUCCAUUGGAUACAAUAUUUCUGGACCAAGAGAACUCUACUACCCUUGAUCUCUGCUAUCUUCCUUUUAAGAUGGGAAAACGUUAUUGUGUGAUAAUUUUGGUCAAUGAGCAGAUUGGGGAAUUUUUGUAUUUGGUGGAAGGAAUAUGUGGCUUGCCACUGCCUUCAAGCCUAAUUCCAAUGGACAGCCCAAAUGUUCUUUGCAUUAAUAGCAUAUGUGAAGGCCAGAGAGAAACACCACCAGUUCUUUAUCUGAAGUGCCACCUUACUGAUAUACUUCAAGAAAAGCUGAAGAUCCCUUUGAUCAAUGAAGCGAGAGAGAAAGCUCUGGCUAUCGCAGCACAGCAACACAUGUCUGCUCUGGAAUAUGAGCGAAGAAUGGCCACAGGAACACUUGAGAGCAGUAGUGUUCGAGUUGCAGUCGCAGCUUUAGGAUUGUCAAGAAUUGAGGAAGAUGUUCUGCACAACUAUCCUUUAUUCUCUGAAAAAUGUAUUGAAUAUAAAGUUGAAGUGAGCAUGCCUGAGUGUUUUGAAAUUCCUUCAAAAAUAUAUAUACCUGUGUUAGCAUCUAGCAGAGUUAAUUCCUCAAAGGGUAGAAAAAAAGACCGUUGGCUUGACAAAGAAGCAGAAGAUGAUGCUGUUGAACUUCCUCUAAAGUUUAUGCCCCGGUAUGCUGGCCGAUAUCCUUGUGAUAUUCUUCUGGAAUCUAAGUAUGACAUCCGCCUCUUUAAGAUACAAUGUGUGGUGAACACUGAUACCAUUGAGGCUGAACUAGAGUUUGUAACUCCAGCAUAUCAAGCAGUGACGCAAGACAUCCCAGUAACUAAUAUGAGUCAACAAGAUUGGAAGCUUAAAGCAGAUUUAAAAGGAUACUGUUUUUAUGGUCCUCCUCUUAUAUAUGUAGCUCCUGGUGAAACAACUCUGUAUACUCUCACGUUCAAGCCAACUACUGAAUGUGUAACUCAGGGGAAGCUUACUUUACAAAAUGAAGCAGAUGGUACAGAUCAUGUCUUUGUCUUGAAAGGGAUUGCAACAAAACCAUUGGCACUGGAUCAUAUUAAGAUAGAUUGCCAAGUUAGACAAAUUACACAGAAGGUCAUAAUGGUGCCAAAUUUUACUAAGAAUGAAUUGAUAUAUAAAGUGUCUUCAGAUCUUCUGAUAGUGAGUGGUGAAAUGACUUUGAAGGUAGAACCUGGUGAUACAGCUGCCUAUACUCUGAAUAUAUCUCCAUGGAAACGUGGAAAAUUUAAUGGUAUAAUUGUAUUUGUUGCUGAAGAUAGAGAACAGCAGCAGUAUCAACAAAACUGUUUACUGGAGGAGCCAGAUGGUGUUCAGUACUCUCGGAAAUCAUCAACAGAGAAGCUGGAAACAGGCAAUGGAGCAAACAGUGAAUACAAGUCAGCAUGCUGCAAAGUGUGGUUCUCCUUGGAGAUACAUAGUAUGCCAGCACAACCAGAAAAAACUCUAGAUGUUGAAUGUGCCGUUUUGGAUAAUGUUGUCAUUGGAAUUCCAGUAACUAAUCCCACAACUGAAGUUCUGCCAUUAGAUAUAGAAUUAAUAGAUGCUACUAUACUUAGUGGUGAAAACAAGCUUGUUCUUGAACCAAAAGAAAUAUUACAUUAUGAAGUAAAGUAUUCUCCAGCUACCACUGGCAAUAUGGAUGGAAGUGUUAUAUUUACAUCAGAGAAGUUAGGAGAGUUUUGGUAUGCAUUGAAACUGAAGGGACAAAAGCCUCAUCCAACAAGAUUGCCUGAAGCAGAGUGUGAACUUGGAAAAUGGGUCCGUCAGUAUAUUCCUCUGGUUAAUCCUACAUAUGAAAUUCUGGAACUGAAUUUUGUGAACAGCAAUCCAGGCCAUUUUUCAGUGGAGAUUGACCCCAAAGCUCAGCUGACUGUUGCUCCUCAUUCCACUACUGAAGUAUCAGUUCUGUUUUGUCCAUCUGAACUAGGACGAACAAAUCACACCGCAAGCAUAAUUUUCAAAUGCCCACAGCUUAAAGAAUGGGUGUUUUACUUGUCUGGUAUUGGUCAGAUACCUCAACCAAUGGAACCAGCUAGUGUCAGUUCUUGCCUUGGUCACCAUUCUUCUAUCAUCAUAAACUUCAGGAACCCUGCAUUUGAAGAAGUAGUGGUAGAUGUCAUUUUAAGAGAUCAAGAUCAUAUCAUAGAUCAUCCUCAUGCAUCUGCAUGCCACCAUUCCAGUAAGGACAGUAUUUUCUGGCUUCCACUCAAAGAAAAACAAGGAAUAAUUUUACCUCCAAAAAGCAAACUGGAUAUUCCAGUAUUAUUUGCCCCUCUUUCCAUGAAACUCUAUGAAACCGUUCUUCUUGUUGAAGUUAAGAAGAUAAAUGAAGAAAUCUGGACUUAUGAUGACACAUUUGAAUUAAGUGAAGCGCUAAACAGCCAAACUGUAAUAGUAAAGGAUGAAAAACUUCAUGGACUCCGCUGGAUCUACCCAAUUUAUGGAAUACCGGAAGCCCCUCCCUAUGAAUCAUCUCCAGCUGUUGUAUGCUGCCAUGCCCGCAGUAGACUGGAGGAAAAGGUAGAAGUGCUGUUAACUGGUGUGGUUCCUGGGACAACUGGUUCACAAAUACUCCGAGAUACUGUAAUGUUAACUCUUUCUAAGAGCAAGUCAUCCCCAAUUCAUGAUGAAGUUCAAGUCACAGAUGGAUUGUCUACAACUGAUGAAUUUAUGUAUGAAAUUGAGUUUGAAUCUGAAAGAGUGAAAUCUCAGCUGAAAUCUACAGUAGCUAUAAACUUGGUAAAGAAAGAGCGAGAUCUGAAAACUGGAAUUGUGACCUUGAUCUUCAAUAUAAUAUUUGCACCCUACAAACCAACAAGGAAUCCAGCAACUUUGGUGGUACAGCAUAGCACAGGAGGCAUUUGGAAAUUUCCAAUAUUGUUCAUUGCCACAGAUCCAGAAGUAGAUGAUGUUAUUAAUAUUGAAGCAAUUGGUUUAAACAAGGAGUCUGUAGUCAGCUUUAAGCUUACAAGCCAGACAAGGUACCCAGAGCCUUACACAGCAUACUUUCUACCAGGCAGUGAUCCCGAAUUUGCUGUAUCGCCUCAAGCUGGGGAACUUCUUCCACUUGACACAGCAGGAACCUGCAUUACUGUUGGAUUCAAGCCCAGUAUGUACAGCAAAAAACACCAAGCAACUCUGGUAAUACAGACAGCAGCAAUGCAAUGGAUGUAUGAAAUUAAUGGCCUACUCCCCAAGACUACCCCACCCACUUCUUCAGCAAAAGUAAUUUGCAGGAAUGGAUACAUGAGAUCAGCAACAGUGCGACAACGCAACUUUGUAAGGGAAAAUAUGAAGCUCCUAUCCACCAGCGUGUCCUCCCCAAUUAAAGGAGCACCUCUCAUUUUAAGAAUGAAAUAAAUGUUUAUACAAAAUAUUUAUUUUAUGCAAAAAAAUGUAGAACAAAUAUUGAGAUAUAGACAGAUGUACAACAUUAUGUUAAUCAGCAAUUAAUGGAGAAUUUUGUUUUAUUUACUUGGAAAAAUGUGUAAAUCUGUAGAGUUUUCUCUGUCCUUGAGAUCUAGUGGCAGUGGUGAAGAAGAAAGAGAGCCUUGCAACCUUCACAGUGCCUGAGAUUAGAAUAACACAUUACGUCAUCUGUUUUUAGGGUGGAAACAAAAAUUCAGUCAAUUGGCUAAGUACAAGGUAUUAUUACAAAGCACUAUUGGGGCUGCUUAAGAUAAACCAGGCACACAGAUAGGAGCAUCAAAGUUAUUGUGGUGUCCUUUAUUAAUAAGUACUAUAAUUAUUUUCUAAUACCAGUGCAAUACUGUUGAUUGUUAAACUACUCUUUUAUGCUGACUUCUGUUUGAUAUCCUUUGAUUUUUUUC